AUGAAUAAGUUGAACAGGACAAACACAGCGGUGGGCAAACCACUCUCUGUGGAGGAGGUGGAGGUUGCACCUCCCAGAGCAAGAGAGGUUCAUAUCAAGGUUGCUGCGCUGGCCUCCUGCAGCGUGGGCACAGGCGUCUGCGUGAUCAUUGGGGAAGUGCCYGCUGGAUCGCUGCUGUCCUUUGACCCGGCGCUUCUGCUCUCGGGGCGUACGUGGACGGGGACUUUGCUCGGAGGUUGGAAGGCGAGAGAUUCUAUUCCCAAAUUAGUUACCAGCUAUUUAGAAAGAAAAAUCAACCUGGACCCACUGGUCACACACGUACUGCCAGUAGCUGAAGUGAACAAGGGAUUGGAAUUGUUACGUGCGGGAAAAAGUAUUCGCAGCGUCCUGCUGUUUUGAGGGAGCAAGCUGAGGGCGGCAGCGUGGAGUCCUGGUGCCAGCCCGUCCCGCCUGGCUCCUCAUGUCUGGCGUGCAGAGCACAAGAACUCGCUGCCGUGGGUACSCCUGCCAGCAUUCCUGAUGGAAAUGUGAAACAACUUCUCUUUCGGAAAAACACUUUUAAUAUUAUUCUUCACUCAUCCAACUGGGUGCAGUUACUUGAUAGAGGCCCCAUGGGGCAGAUGGAGCUCUUCCUCACACCCCAAGACCUUCCCUUGCUCCUUCCGCUGCUAGUUCUUCAGACCCUCUUUGGCCUUACACACUUCUGCAUGAGCAUCUUUACCCUUGCAACAACCCUAGCUGUGUUACCACUGCAACCUACACCAAAAUUACCUGUGUAAGRAAGUGUGGUGCCCUGCUGCUGCUGCUGCCAUUCUUUGCUCUCUCAACUAAGCCAUGUGUUUGCUCCCCCUGUUGCUCUACUCUUUUUAUCAUGUACCUGCCUGCCUUGAAUCUUGAGCAGCUUCCAGCUUCACCACAAGUCUUCAAUAUUGUGAUC